GGCGAGCGGCGUUUCGCGUGGAUUUUCUGUUCCGCCGGGGGGGUUUGCCCGUGGACGCUAUGUGUUCGUCGCUAAACUCGAAUCGCGUGUAGGAUGCACCGACUAGCUCAUGCGUGAAAGGUGUAGAAAGUCGUCCCUGGACGAACGCUGUCUCCUAAUUUCCUCAACUUUCGCGCGCUAGGCUUUAUACCGCAAAAAAACUCCGGCCGGCAUCUGUCGUCUUAGGUUGAGCCAGCAUCGCUACGCUUCGUCGUCUUCAGAAGAUAUGCGGCACUUCGUAGUAUCCCUUUUUUUCCCCAUCUUCGUUCUGCUCCGUCUGUGCGAUCCCGCACUCGGUCUCGGCGAAGUCAUCUACGCGAUCAACGCCGGCGGCGAGGAACAUGUGGACGUUCACGGCAUCCGCUACAAGCGCGACCCGCUGUUCGGAAAAGUCGGCACUGCCUCCGAUUACGGCAAGCUUCUAGUCAUCGGUCGGGCCCCCAGGCCGGACCACAUCCUGUACCAGACCGAGCGUUAUCACACGGCCACUUUCGGUUACGACAUCCCGGUCAACAAGGACGGCGACUACGUUCUGGUGCUGAAGUUCUGCGAAGUGUACUUCGAUUCGCCAGGCCGAAAGGUCUUUGACGUAGUCUUAAACGGCCAGCACACGGUGGUUGCCGACUUGGACAUCCAUGCCAGGGUAGGACGAGGUGUUGCUCACGACGAGUACAUUGCAUUCAGCAUCAAAGGCAACAAGCUGCGAAUCAACGACGAAGAGUCCACCCAUGACGGAAAGAUCAAGGUUGAAUUUAUCAAGGGCUACCGGGAUAACCCAAAAAUCAACGCCAUCUAUGUGAUGAGGGGGACGCUUGACGACGUGCCCGAGCUGCCCCCCUUGGAGGAGCUUGAAGAAGAAGAAGAGGAAGAGGAGGAAGACAUUCCCGCAAGGCACGCUUCUGGCGACUCCUCUCCCGGAUCUCAGCACCAGCCGCGCAGGCCCUCGGGGCCUCGUAGUCCAAACCCGUACACGGGAGAUGACAGCAGCGCCCUCCUGCCCAUCUUUGUCGCCAUCGGAGCCUUCAUCCCGCUGCUGUUCUGCCUCUGCAAACUUUGAGUGUGCCCCCCGUGUUGUGUGGGGGCCACGGUGUCCCACUGUCUUCGAGAGGUGAUGGGGAAAGGGAGAUGUCGGGUGGGGCUUGUGAUUGGGGGCAGGGACUCAUUUUGUGCAUCCUUGGAUUGCAGUCGAAGCUUUUGCCUUUGCGUUCACAGCUGCUCCAAGGUCCUGUCUCGCUUGCGACCGGAGAGGAACAGGCCGUUGGAAGGAAGAACCGUGGCGUCAGCUUUUGCUGCAGUUCAAGGCUCGGAGGGAUCUUCUGCGGUCUUGUCGCGUGACUGUUUGUGGUGGUAGUUGUGCGAAGCAACGAUGUUGCAGCGGCAGCGUUUCAUUUCAAGGUCCCGGCACGAAGAAGUUGGCGGGAUGUCUUAGUGCACCGUUGCCGUCUCGCCGCCACAGCUGCUGCACCUGUCGACGCGCACGGACUGCACCGAAUGGAAGCAGCGACAGCGGUGAGGCGGCAACAAUGUGUCGAAGCAUUCUAGUCGAAAGGUCCGGUGUUGACUGUGGCCUGGCCCUCUUGGCCUGUAAUUGUGUCAUAACCUUUAUUCCUCAACACAUGGCAUGGAAUAGUACUUUGGCACAUUGCGUUCCAUUCCUUUCAUCAUCUGACGUACAGUUCAUCUCCGCUGAGCGAGCCGCGUUUGCAAUCUAACUUAGUUAGUCUGCAUUGGUUGCAUGAGUUUUUGCGUUGUGAUUUUGGCCUGUCGUGUGGAUUGCGAGUGUGGAUGAAAUCAUUUCCCCCCACACCCCUUUAGUUUCCGUGUGAAUGUGGUUGUGUGGGUGCUCGUGGUGGGGCUAAAUAGCAGGAAGGGUAAUUUAUCAACAAUGAGUAGUUGAGCAUUCAGCGUGGUUAGUUCAUACACAAAAAAAAAUAUGGAUUUCCAUUCUUCUGCUAUCAGAUGUGAAUGGUGGCAUAAGUACAGGCCAAGCGGGUCACUGUGCUGUACAUGAUGCGUUAUCUGUCCAUGCAUCCUUCAUUCGACGUUUAUACAUCGACAGUUGCACUGUACAGGUCCAUUUUCCCCAAAGGGGCACAGCAUUACAGAAUAUCCUUUAUUCCUCGCAAAACGGUAGCACUUGACUUAGCCUCAAAAGAACGACCCAAGUAGCACUUUGCAUGUUGUACCAAAUACCUUCGAUAGCGGGGUAAUUAUGAUACAAUGGGCAAUGGGCAAUGGCAUUUAGUGGGCAUGCGUGUCCGCCCUGAUAGCGUGUUUUCUUUGCCCUGGACACCUAUUACACUGUGCAACUUUAAAAGAGCUAUAUGUGCAGACUUGAUUGCUUGCAAGAGAAAAGAGGUGCACUUGGUAGCGAGAUGAUAAAUUAGCGCAUCUUGACUUGCCACAAAUUGGCAACAGGCCAGCCAUCAGAGUAGCCUUUGGAAUGCAAAGAAUUCCAAACCUUCUCACUCAGGCGAAAAGGACACUGACAAACUUUUGCCCUGUGCCAAAGGGCAAAACGCACAAUAGACUCGGCCUUUUUUGCUUGCGCCGCCAAGUGCUUUUAUGCACCACCUUUUUAGAAAUUACUUCUUCCAAUGAAAUUGCUUCACAGUUUGGCCAAAGAAUGUGCAAUGCAUGAAAUGCAAUGCACAUUUACCUUCCAAGCAGGCCAACGAAUCACUUCACAAGGCAAUCUGACAUGCAGGCUUUUUGCACAGUAUUGAGAAAAAAAAGUGUUGCUUUGUGCAUGUAUGUGUGUGUGUUCUGCAUUGUUUUCUUGGUUGGUUGGUGAGGGGGUGCUGUUUUUUUUUCUUUGUUGUAAGAGGGAUGUGAAGGAUUUAUUUUUCGCGAUUGCUCAUUUUGACUCCUCUUUUUCAUUGUUGUAUGUUUGAAGGCGAUGCGCUUGUUAUUCAUUUUCUCAAUCUUCUGCCUUUUGCAUUUUUUCUUUCAUACAGGACUUUUCCUUUUGUUAAUUGGUUGCUUAGCUUAUUUGCUCCGCUGCUGAAUUGUGCACACCGCUUGUUGUUGCUUCGAAGGGCCGACGGUGUUUUUGCCGCUGCAUUUGCCGAAGUGGACGUGACUGGGUUUUGCGUUCCAGGAAGACUGAAAUGCACUUCUUUUCACCUUCUCUGUUGUUUCAUUGGCAUGAAUUUUCUUGACUGUGAAUGAUAUACAUCAUAUAAUUAAGAUGGUUUAAGGGAGAGGGGCACAAAGAAAUUUAUAUUAUAUGUACGCAUCACAUACAAAUGUGUGUUCUACAUUAAAAGAUUUUGCAUCCUAA